AUUUCUUUGGCUGGCUGCUGACACGGCUUGUUUGGCAGGGCUAGCUCUCAGCCAAUCAGAGCGCUCACGGCCUUAACGCAAACUCCCUUGACGUUUUUGUCAAGAGCUUAACUAUGGGACCGGCUGGGGAUUAACAUAAAACGGUAGCUGAACACACUUGUCGAAAUGAAAUUUGACACACACUGAGGCUAAAUUUCGUCAAAAUGGCAAUCGAUAUAACCAGGGUUAACAGCUUGGAGAAAAUGUAUAAAUACAGCUAACAAGAACCAAUUGUUCAAAUCCUGGAAACCCAUUCUAUUGUUCAUUACAAUCAAUUCAAUUGAUCAUACAAUUAACAAUAAGAAAAUACACAUCAAUACAAUUACAAUGGCUCCAUUAGAUAUCUCAUUAAAAGGUCAAACUGCCAUCGUCACUGGUGGUACCAAGAACUUGGGUGCUGAAACUGUCCGUGAAUUAGCUAAAUUUGGUGCAAACUUGGUUAUCCAUUAUCAUUCAGAUUCUGAAAAAUCCAAUGGUGAAUCCUUAGUUAAGGAAGUCAAGGAAAAAUAUGGUGUUGAUUCAAUCUUGGUUCAAGGUAACUUGGCUGUUGAAAAAGAUGCCAAAAAAUUGUUUGAAGAAACUAAAUCAAAAUUUGGUGGUGCUGAUAUUGCAAUCAACAAUGCUGGUAAAGUUUUGAAAAAACCAAUUGGUGAAAUUUCAGAAGCCGACUAUGAUCAAAUGUUUGAUAUCAACUCCAAGGCUUCAUUUUUCUUCUUGAAAUAUGCUUACCAAUAUGUUAAUGAAAAAGGUAGAAUCAUCUUUUUAGUUACCAGUUUAUUAGCUGCUUAUACUCCAUUCUAUGGUUUAUACCAAGGUGCUAAAGCUCCAGUUGAAUACUUUGUUAAAGCUGCAUCUAAAGAAUUACAUGACAAGAACAUUAGUGUCAAUGCAGUUGCUCCAGGUCCUAUGGAUACUCCAUUCUUGUAUGGUCAAGAAACCGAUGAAAGUGUUGCCUUCUUCAAGACUCAAGCUUUAGAAAACAGAUUAACUAAAGUUGAAGAUAUUGUCCCAAUCAUUAGAUUUUUGGCUACUGAAGGUAAAUGGUUGACUGGUCAAACUUUGUAUGCUUCAGGUGGUUUCACUGCUCAUUGAGCUGGUCUCCCGGUUAACGUUUUGUUAUAUUUUUAUUCCCAUUUCUUACGGUUCUUUUUUUUACUGGAUAAUUAAAGUGCAAAGUAUGGCUAAUAGUUGAAAUAUAUGAACAGUUUUGCUUUUAUAUGCUUAUCUGGUAUAGAGUAUCAUUCUCGUAUGAAGCGUACAUGUGGUUCAUCAUGUAUUGCUGUGGGAUCUGAGGACCUAGAAUCCCAAUUAUCUCUGUGUUUUUUCUAGAUCUUAUUGUUGCGCCUCAGCUCGAGAAACACAUAUAAGCUGAAGAAUUUAUCAACACCAC